AUGUCAGCUCAAAAGAAGAAUAUUGAAACUCUUGAGGGAGUUAGGGAACCUCCGGCCGUUCGUGGAAUUGACUCCGUAGUCUCUCACACCAGGCCGCUACCUGCCUCUGCGACGGCACUAGCGAUCGGAGCCUUUGCAACGACCUUGACAACUUUGUCAUUGAGUCUUAUGGAGUGGAGAGGGGUCACCAUUACCAAUGUUUAUGUCGCAAACUUUUUCUUCAUCGCUGUCUUUGGGCUGCUGAUUACUGCGCAGUGGGAGCUCGCCGCUGGAAACGGCUUCUCUUACACUGUGUUCAGUGCUUUCGGCUUAUUCUAUGCUGGGUAUGCGGCAAUUCUCACGCCAGCGUUUGGAAUCGCAGCGGCGUACGGCGACGACGUUGCGCAGUUCAACAAUGCUCUUGGAUUCUUCAUGACUCUAUGGACGAUCUUCGUUCUGAUUUUCUUCAUUGCCUCGUUGCCCACAAACCUUGUCAACAUCCUCAUAUUUGCUUUUGUGGAUAUCGCAUUUCUCCUCGUAGCUGCAAGUUAUUUCGCGGCUGCAGACGGCCACCAGAAUGCUUAUACCGGGAUGAAGAAAGCAGGAGGCGUUUUUUGCUUCUUAGCAGGACUCGUAGGAUGGUGCGCUUACCAUCAAUUCAAUCAUUUUCCCUCAGUUACGGUUAAGGCUGAUACUAGAGUAGGUAUCUAA